AUGCGGAUCAACAGCCGAACAUGGAAGUACUGGUGUGCAAACUUCUCAGGGGUUCUCUACUCAGUUAUUGUAAUCUUCGGAAUAACGCUACUUAACUUAUUCUACACAUGUCCUGGACUUUACGGUUCUGAUGCUUGCUACCCCGUAUUUUGGCAUGCUUUUGUAAUAUUGUCGGAGAUCUUGGUUAAUCUCUACUUAUUUCAUUACUACAACGUCAAAAACCAGGUGAGCUUUUCCGUGAUUACAUUAUUUUCUUAUUAGAUUUCGUAUUGGACCGUGAAGAGUUCAGUUAUCCCGAAAAAGGAAGAAGAAAGAGUGUUGAUUGAGAAUGAAGAAGAAGAGAGCAAUGAGGAUGUAAAGAGGAAUGGAAGACUUGUGAUCACUAAGGAAGGCGUUUACCGGAAGGAAGUAUUUGUGCCAGAAGAAGUUCCGAAUAACAAACAUAAAUACUGUAUGGAAUGCAAACAGACCAUGCCCAGACGGUCUCAUCAUUGUCCUUUAUGUGAGAUCUGCGUGUUGAGGAAGGAUCAUCAUUGUUUUCUGACUGGUGGAUGCGUUGGACUUGCCAACCAGGUAACAAAUUUGUUCCCUAUUGCAAGGUUCUCGUUCCAGCGUUUUUUUAUUGUGUUUCUGAUCUGGGCCUGUAUCGGAUCCCUGUAUGGUAGCUACUUUACUUUGAAGUACAUCCAUUACAAACUUGUAAACCAGUGGUUUCCUUACGAAUGGCUCCGCUUUGUGGCCCCGAUUGCCCUCGUCAGAUGGUUUUUCGGCUAUGAUACAUUAUUUAACAUGAUGUUCUCAGUCCUCGCAUGUGCUUCGGUUGCCACAACACUGGCAUCCGCCGGUUUCUUUGGUGCUCAGGUGUGUUAAUAAAGACAAUUUUACUGUUGUUUUAGAUGUUUUACACUCUGCAAGGCUACACAAUGCACGACUAUCAUGUCGGAAGACUGAGAGAUCGCCUGGAAUCGGAUGGUAAUAAUUAUUCUGAACGAUUGGCCCUUGUGUUUGGGAAGAGAUGGUGGUUGAAUUUCCUGAUCCCUCAGAUCUGGCUGCCCAAUCAGAUGACUCCGGAAAUUGCGAAGAAUAUAUUCGUCAGUGUCUCCAAAGACCUCUAA